CAUUAUUUUUCCAAUUUUCAGGUAGGCAGCUCGGCGUACGAUGAAAAAAUAAAAAAGGGCGCUAGCUGAGGAAUUAAUAAACACAUAUCUUCGGCUCACAGGAAAUACUUGACUGCAGCGAGUGUAAAAUUGGUGCCAAGAAGGACUCGCUUCCGUUUCAGUAGGAUAUACAAGAGAAAUGCUUAUCGUUUGCAAGUUUGAUCCUUUCUAUGUGGGGCCCUGCCCGCCUGGCUGCCUCGUACCAGCGGGCAGAUGCUGUGGCCCCUGUGGUCCCUGCUGCGGGCCAUCCUGUGGCCCUUGCUGUGGUCCGUCCUGUGGUCCUUGCUGCGGCCCAUGUGGACCAUGCGGCAGUCCGUGUUGCACAUCCUGCCCCUGCGGCUGGUAACUUGCUAAGAGCUGACGUGGUAUGUUUUGAGCUGGGGAACUCUCAACAUGUAUUUUGAAGAUGUCUUUUUAUAUAGCCUCCACAUGCUGGUUCUAGGAACUCAAAGCUGAAGAUAUGUAUGAAUAUUAAACCUCAGAUAUUUUGGAUCAUUAACGACAAUAAAACAAUAAUGUAAAAUUAAA